AUGAGAGAGCUGACGGGACUCUUGCCGAUGGCGAGACUGCUCGAGAAUAAUUGGCCGCAUUUGAGAGGAAUGGUGUUCGCGGAUCCUACGUAUUACAAACCCGACAAAGUGGAAUUCGUUAUCGGUGCUGAACUGAUACCAUUCAUAAUGCUCGAAGGACUGCGAAAAAGAUCAAUUGGAAGUCCACUUGGUCAACAGACAGUAUUUGGUUUGAUAUUGACCGGAGAAAUCACACCGAAGUCAGACGAUUCACCAGCGGCAGUUUCCGCGUUUCAUGUGUGUGCUGGAGAAGACUUGCGCGGUCUGGUCGAGAAAUUUUGGCAGCUGGAGGAUUUGCAGCCCACGAAGUAUUUAACAGACGAAGAGCAAUAUUGCGAGGACUACUUCACGGAAACUACCACGAGAAAUGCCGACGGUAGGUACGUCGUACACUUGCCAUUCGCGAAGAAGGUAUCAUUCGAGGGCUCGCGAGACGUCGCCGUAUCCUGCCUGCACCGAAUGGAGAGACGAUUAGAAAAGAGCCCGCGACUUUCAAUGUUAUACAAAAACUUCAUGGAUGAGUACAUCGAUUUGAAACACUUAGAACUCGUGCCGGACUCACAGCUGUCACGGGAGAGCUUUUAUUUGCCACAUCACGGAGUCUUCAGAGCAGGAAACCAGGACAAGAUUCGUGUCAUGUUCAACGCUUCGCAGAGGGCGGCGAACCGAGUCUACCUCAACGACUCACUGUUACCAGGGCCGAAAUUACAAAAAGAUAUAACGGUAGUUAUAUCGCGCUGGAGACAGUUCAAGUACGUCUUUGUUACAGAUAUUGUAAAGAUGUUUCGACAAAUUUUGGUUCACCCAGACGACGCCGACUGGCAUCGUAUACUCUGGCGCUCAGACAGCACGCAGGCUAUCAGGGAUUACAGAGCGCCUACCGUUACCUAUGGGAUGGCGCCUGCUCCGUUUUUGUCUCUGCAAAUGUUGCAACAGCUUGCGAAUGAUGGACGAGAGCGGUACCCUGAGGCCUCACGUUUGCUGGAUUAUCGAGUCUAUGUUGAUGACCUUUUUGGCGGAGCAGACGACGUUGUUGAGGCAAUCAAGUGGAGAGAUCAACUGAUUGGAUUGAUGGAUUAG